AUGACAGAUAAGCAAGCCGUUGACAGAUUGACGCUCUUCUUUAUUUUCUGGAAGCGGCAAAACAAAACAAACUAGCGGCGUUCUCCUGCAUUUACGGCAUUGUGAGCUACAUUUUUGGUUCGUGGUUUUGCUUUUUUGGUUGGUAAAUCCUUUUCGAAACUACUUCCUUUUGGUUCGCAUAGAACAGUAGUAUCAACACCACAACAAUAACCAAAACUGUGUAAAGACAUCAAGCAAUCGAAAAUGGAACCACCAGCUUCCGAUUCGCAUAAAAGCCAAAUAAACGCUCUGGAACGUAGAAAAAAGUACAACGAGCUAUUGGAUUAUGGACAUGAAUUGGCCCUUAGAACACAAACGGAAGAUGCAGUGGGUAUAUUCCAAGGCGUCUCCUCCAUUCUGAUUCAGACGGACCAACUGCAUCAGAGCAUGGCUGCAGAGAAAAUGGAAAAUGCUUCCGAGAUGUGCAUUAAUGUACAGGUCGUAAAAAUGGGACACGAUUUAGUAGGGGCAGCGUUGCAGAAAAGCGAAAGCACCCAAUUUUGCGACGAAGAGCUAGCAGCGGCCAUAAAAGCAAUCAUUGGCGAUUCCGGCAACCCCUUGCAAUGGCUACACAUAGGAGAGCUGGGCGUAAAGUCAUUUAGUAUGUCAAAACAAUCGCCGUGCUUACUGGGAGCGUUCGAGCUGGAACCCGUACAGGUAGAAAAGCCCGUCAAAGAGCGCCGUCGACGCCAGCGCCAGGAGCUGGGCGAUCCACGCAAACCUGAAACAGUGGUCAAAUUGAACCAAGAAGAAACAGAUGCUCGCAAGCUGCAAGGCGUCAUGGAACAACUGAAAGCCAUAUACGAGGAAAGAAGACAACCGAUACCCUACUUUGAGCUCAUCACGGACCCUACCGAUUACAUGAAUACCGUCGAUACAGCGUUUCAGAUUUCAUUCCUCAUUCGCGAUGGAGCUGUAGCAUUAGAAACGGUUGACGAUCUGCUAUCCGUUCGUCCCACUACCAGCAGCGAAAAACAGCAAAACAAGCGAACAGAUGACAACGUUCAGGCAAUUCUAUCCUUAAACUUUGCCAAAUGGCAGAGCGCUGUCAAGCAAUUUCGCUUGAAAAGACCAUUACUAGCAAUCGAGCGCGAUACACUGAACGCGUCUCAAACUUCAUAAUUAGCUAAUAAUGCAUAGAUAAUGAGUUCUGUAAAAAUGUUUCGCAUAGUAAAGUAUAAACCAGAGAACUGUACCUUUUUC